CGCAACGCGGGUCACGUGCAAAACAGCCAAGACCGUUUCAGGGUGGGGCGGCAAGCACUCGACGGAAAAAGCAAAGACAUCAAUGCCAAGGCCAAGGCCUGACAGACAAAUCUCGAUGUGACCCAAAGGCUUUGUGAAGUCUUUAUGUUGUUUGCAUCAAGCCAUGCAAGCCCUGCUCUUGUUUUGCCGCCCAGCACCACAACCGACGCUGGGCCCAAUCACCAGCAGGCCUGGACGGUGAUGCAGCCAAAAAGUCUGUCUGGUUCAUUACGUGGCGGCUUCGCAGAGGAUCCAAUGGUGGGCACGAGGUCCACGUGAUCGUCCCAGGCGCCAAACUGGGCAUCGCCCGUUGCGCGACCUCAGCUUUCCGCUACUUUCCAGUCUCUCUCGACCAGAUCAACGCCCUUCCGGCGGUGGGCAAGCAAAAAAAAACAAAAAAAACACACACAGCCGACAGCAACAAACCCCGACACCGCACACGCCGCAACCAUGGCUCUUCCCGACUUCUCCAAGGUGCCCGUCCCACACCUCUACACCGAGUACCGCACCGACAGGGGCGACCCCUACUACGCCAACCACAUCACCAAGACCACGUCGUGGAUCCACCCGGGCAAGUUCAAGGCCCUGCAGGACGCCGGCAUCAUCCCCAGGGCGCCCCGCGGCAUGCCCGACUACGUGGGCGACUUCGACGGCGACCACGUGCCGGUGCCGGAGCCGUGGGAGCGCAAGCGGGACGAGGAGGGCCGCGUCUACUACGCCAACCACGCGACCAGGUCCACCGCCUGGCGCCACCCGACGGCCCUGCGCCUCGCCCGCGACGGCGGCCGCGAGAUCGCCGUCUGGGGCUUCGCCGACCCGGCCGACACGCGCGCCAUGGAGGAGAGGUACACCUCCAAGGGCGCCCUGCCGCCGUGGGUGCUGGAGGAGCGGACCGUCCCGCCGCCCGACAGCGGGCUGGAGCCCGAGACCUUCUGGGUCGACUACAGGACCGGCAAGGUCAGGUGGGAGAGCCCGGUCGCCGCCUACCGUGCGCGCAAGGCCCGCGCGCAAGGGCUGCCGGCCAGCUCGCGCUUUGCUUCAAAGCUGUGACGGGGCAGGCAUGUCAGAAGACGGGAUGACAGGGGCAGCUUAUUGUGUUGUUUAUUAUGUAUCUGCAGGCGUGCAUUGAAUUGAAACGUUCCCAUCCUUCACCUUACCAAAAUCGAAUCGACC